UCAGAAACGUGAGACAAAUGUUAAAGGGCUGAAACUAAGAGCUUGAGAAGUGAUGUUGGGGGUUGCAGAUAUGAACGGCAGCAACAUGGCAAAUGCUUUGGCGAAUGCCAUCUGCGAACGCUGUAAGAGCGGCUUCGCCCCGGCUGAGAAGAUCGUGAACAGUAACGGGGAGCUCUACCAUGAGCAGUGCUUUGUCUGCGCACAAUGCUUCCAGCAGUUUCCGGAGGGACUGUUCUACGAGUUUGAGGGCAGAAAGUACUGUGAGCAUGAUUUCCAGAUGCUCUUUGCUCCAUGUUGUCACCAGUGUGGCGAGUUUAUCAUUGGGCGUGUUAUCAAGGCCAUGAACUACAGCUGGCAUCCUGACUGUUUCUGCUGUGAUAUAUGUAACGCGGUGCUGGCUGAUGUGGGCUUUGUGAAGAACGCCGGCAGACACCUCUGUCGCCCGUGCCACAACCGGGAGAAGGCUCGAGGCCUGGGCAAGUACAUCUGUCAGAAAUGUCACGCCAUCAUCGACGAGCAGCCCCUCAUCUUCAAGAACGACCCCUACCAUCCGGACCACUUCAACUGCACCAACUGCGGUAAGGAGCUCACGGCGGAUGCCAGGGAACUGAAAGGGGAGCUGUAUUGCCUGCCGUGCCAUGAUAAGAUGGGCGUGCCAAUCUGCGGAGCCUGUCGGAGACCUAUUGAAGGGCGUGUGGUCAAUGCCAUGGGAAAGCAGUGGCAUGUGGAGCAUUUUGUGUGUGCUAAGUGUGAGAAACCUUUCCUGGGACACCGACACUAUGAGAGGAAGGGCCUGGCUUACUGUGAGACACACUACAAUCAGCUUUUCGGAGACGUCUGCUACCAUUGCAACAGGGUGAUUGAAGGAGAUGUUGUGUCUGCCUUAAACAAGGCCUGGUGUGUCAACUGCUUUGCCUGCUCCACCUGCAACACCAAACUGACCCUCAAGAACAAGUUUGUGGAGUUUGACAUGAAGCCAGUGUGUAAGAAGUGUUAUGAGAAGUUUCCCCUGGAGCUGAAGAAAAGACUGAAGAAGCUGGCAGAGACGACCGGGCGAAAGUAGACCGCCGUGGAUCUGAGAUGCCGUGCCACGCUGCGCGCCGUAUGCCGAAAUCACAAAGUCCUAUGCCCGAUAUUUGA